AGCGACGGGUUCUGAAGCCACGCUGCCGCCUCACAUUGUGCACACAGCAUUACAAGAGAGAAGGUUGUGGUGGUUCGAGGCAGGAGUUUCAACGGGAUUAGAAAGAACUCCGUCACCGACAGACAGACAGAAAAGAGAAAAGGUGACUUUUUACUGUAACACCAUGAUGGAUGUGAAAGAGGAGACCAUAAAUGUUAAGGAGGAGGACUGUGAAUUGAAGUGUGUCCACCCUAAACAGGAGAGCCUGGGCAUUAAGGAGGAGGACUAUGAACUGGGGUCUGUGGGCAUUAAAGAAGAAGCUGAAGAGAAGUGUGUCAGCAGUGCGACUGACAUCCAGACAAGUGUCAAGGAAGAAGACCUUCAUUAUGGAUGUGAAAAUGAUGCAGUGACCGGGUCCAUCUUCUCUCAUAGCGAACACUCUUCAUCUCUGGAGCCUUCUGUCCAUGUAAAGUCUGAAUUAUUAAAGUCUGAAAUAGAGGGAACUGAAGAUAUUUCAUCUCUUAGGACUCGGGAACAUCUGCCACCACCCACAAAGAACACUAGAACAAGUGGCAAACCCCACAGCUGUUCUGACUGUGGCAAACAGUACUUUCAAAAGCCCAGUCUUCAGCUCCACAAAUGCAUUCACAGAGGAAAGAAGCCUUAUUGCUGUUCUAACUGUGGCAAACAUUUUUCACAAAUAUCCCAAUUGAAGAUCCACACAAGAAUUCACACGGGGGAGAAGCCAUAUUGCUGUUCUGAAUGUGGCAAAACAUUCUCUCAGAACAGCCAUCUUCAGAAACACCAAAGAAUUCACACAGGAGAAAAGCCAUAUUUUUGUUCUGAAUGUGGCAAACAGUUCUAUAACAAGAGUAAUCUUCAUAGCCACAAAAGAAUUCACACAGGAGAGAAGCCAUAUUGCUGUUCUGAAUGUGGCAAAACAUUCUCUCAGAACAGCCAUCUUCAGAAACACCAAAGAAUUCACUCAGGAGAAAAGCCAUAUUUUUGUUCUGAAUGUGGUAAACAGUUCUAUGACAAGAGUAGUCUUCAGAGCCACCAAAAAAUGCACUCAAGAGAGAAGCCAUAUUGCUGUUCUGAUUGUGACAAACAAUACUAUUACAAGAGUGGUCUUCAGAAACACCAACAAAUUCACACAGGAGAGAAGCCAUAUUGUUGUUCUGAAUGUGGCAAACAAUUCUUUGACAAGAAUGGUCUUCACAACCACCAAAGAAUUCACACAGGAGAGAAGCCAUAUUGCUGUUUUAACUGUGGUAAACAGUUUUUGAAAUUAAGUCUUCUUCAGGCUCACCAAAGAAUUCACACAGGAGAGAAGCCAUAUUGUUGUUUUGAAUGUGGCAAACAAUUCUAUCACAAGGUUAGUCUUCAGAGCCACCAAAGAAUUCACACAGGAGAGAAGCCGUAUUGCUGCACUGAUUGUGACAAACAGUUUACACACCGAUGGCUUCGUCAGAUUCAUCAAAGAAGUCACAUUGUAGAGAAACCAUAUUGUUCUGAAUGUGGCAAACAUUUCUGUGACAACAGUAGUCUUCAGAAACACAAAAGAAUUCACACAGGAGAAAAGCCAUAUUGUUGUUCUGAAUGUGGCAAACAAUACUAUCACAAGACUAGUCUUCAGAAACACAAAAGAAUUCACACAGGAGAAAAGCCAUAUUGUUGUUCUGAAUGUGGCAAGCAAUUACAUUGCAAGAGUAGUCUUCGAAAUCACCAAAGAAUUCACACAGGAGAGAAACCCUAUUGUUGUUCUGAAUGUGGCAAACAAUUCUAUCACAAGAGUAGUCUUCGAAAUCACCAAAUAAUUCACAUGGGAGAGAAGCCCUAUUGUUGUUCUGAAUGUGGCAAACAAUUCUAUCGCAAGAGUAGUCUUCAAAAUCACCAAAGAAUUCACAUAGGAGAGAAGAAAACCCAAGAAAGAAACAAAGAUCACUGCAGUGUGGAAUGUGGCAAAGAAUUCUCUGGCAAGAGUGCUCUUCAGAUCUACACUAGAGUUCACACCAGAGAGAAGCCGUAUUGCUGUAAUGAAUGUGGUAAACAGUUUUCACGAAUAGGCCAUCUUCAGAGACACACUAGAGUUCACACCGGAGAAAAGCCGUAUUGCUGUAAUGAAUGUGGUAACCACUUUUCAGAAAUAAGCAGUCUUCGUAAACACAGUAGAGUGCACACAGGAGAGAAGCCGUAUUGCUGUAAUGAAUGUGGUAAACAGUUUUCAGAGAUGAGCAGUCUACAGAAACACACGAGAAUUCACACCGGAGAGAAGCCAUAUUGCUGUAAUGAAUGUGGUAAACAUUUUUUACAUAUAAACAGUCUGAAGUACCACACCAGAGUUCACACCGGAGAGAUGCCAUAUUGCUGUAAUGAAUGUGGUAAACAGUUUUCACGAAUAGGCUAUCUUCAGACCCACACUAGAAUUCAUACGGGAGAGAAGCCAUAUUGCUGUUAUGAAUGUGGUAAACAGUUUUCAGAAACAGGCCAUCUUCAGAACCACACAAGAAUUCAUACAGGAGAGAAGCCAUAUUGCUGCAAUGAAUGUGGGAAAAAGUUUUCACAAAUGGGCAGUCUUCAGAGACACACUAGAGUUCAUACUGGAGAGAAGCCUUUUAUCUGCAAUGAAUGUGGUAAACAUUUUUCACAAAUAGGCAGUCUUCAGAGACACACUAGAGUUCACACAGGAGAGAAGCCAUAUUGCUGUAAUGAAUGUCAUAAACAGUUUUCACAUAUAACCAGUCUUCAGAGACACACUAGAGUUCACAACACAAUCAAAACAGGAGCAGUUCAAAAGAACAACAAGCACCCUUCAGGACUCCAAAGUGAACCUCCUGUCCUGAAAAAAACAAAAUAA